AUGAGACGUGUGCUAAGAAAGCUUAUAAUACUUCUCAUAAUUGUGUUUACGGUAAUCACGGUGACUUGUCUAUCAUUUGAGAAUUUAACACACUUAUUAUGGAAAGCGAUUGUGAACACAGAACCCCGAAUCAACGAUUUUUGGAGGGAUGAUAGAGAUCUAAGAAAUGAAUUAUUAUAUUCCAAACAUGUUUAUGGUGGGUACGAGCAUUUUUUAAAGGAUGCAAUUAAUGGUGAUAUAAAAAAUUUUAGGAAGAAGGAUUUAGCAGAAAGAUGCAAAAUCUUUUUUGACCAUUUUCAAAGUAAAAAUCCUAACUGGGGAUUUGAUGAAUUCAAAUCAUUUCAUUUCGAAAAGAAUAUCGUGAAGAAGAAGAAAUAUUUUGAAAACAAAUUCAAACAGCUUAAGCUUGAGUCGACAUUCUCGGAGAUAGGUAGGAAAGACUUUGUAGCAAUAUCCAAGGAGUUUCAAAGAGCCGUGAAUGAAUCACGGGAAGUAGAGCAAAAGAUGGCUGAUACAAUUACAUUAAUGCGGAUAUAUGGGAAGUGUUUUUUGAAUGAGCAAGAGAAAUCCGCAGAACAAGCUGCAAUAUUUGAGGAUUUUUCGAGUCACAUUUUUCCGUUUAUUGCUAAGCUGCUUCCAACUUUUGAAAGCCUAAAUGGUGAGACAACCCCGCGAGCUUUCCCUGUAUUUGAUGGUAACCAAUAUACCUCGAAGACGAAAGAUUUUGAUGGUACGCAUAUUAUUGAUUAUAUGCAUAAGAAUAGUAAUGGAAGAGGAAUUGUGGUGUCAGCGUCUAAAAGACAUGUUAAGGAUCUUGUUAAACUAAUAAGGGUUUUGAGAGCUUUGAACAAUGAGCUCCCUAUUGAAGUUGUUCAUAAAGGUGAUAUAGGAAAGUAUUCGGCACAAUACAUUACGUUUGCAGCAACUGCGGAUCGUAAAGAGCUAUUGGACCCAAUCAACCUUUCAGAUAGUGAUAAGGUUUCGCCUGAAAUAGAUCUUUUAAGAGAUCUGCAAAAGUUUGGCUCCUAUUUCCCUAAACAAGAGAUUUGGUUCGUUAACGUAACACCGAGUAUUCCAAGGGCUUUUAAAUAUUCUUUUGGGGGCUACUUCAAUAAGAUACUUGCAUUAAUCUUUAAUUCUUUCCGAGAAGUAAUCAUGCUAGAUGUUGAUGUGGUGCCAUUGAUUCCUGUAAAGGAAUUCUUCGAGAUGAAACAAUAUAUGGAGACAUCGGCCCUUUUUUUCAAAGACAGAAGCCUCAGAGAUACAAAUGACUUCAUUGAAACCAAUUUUUUCGCUAAGCUUUUUCCAGUAAAUAAGAACUCGAUUGAUUCAUUAUUUGAUAUCCCUCUCGUUAAUAAAACUUUGCAUAAUAGUUAUAUGAAGGGAUGGAGGCAUAAUCAAGAAGCUGGAGUAGUAGUUGUCGAUAAAGUGAAGCACUUCAUGGGAAUCCUAAUGAUGUUGCCAUUGACUUUAUGGAAAGAGCCCGUUAAAUCUUCCAUUUGGGGAGACAAAGAAAUGUUUUGGUUGGGGUUUGCGAUGGCUGGAGAUGAAAAUUAUAACUUCAAUACAAAUUCUGCCGCAAGCGUUGGUGAGAUAACAUCGAACUCACUGCACCAGCAUUAUGUCGGAUCUUUGUCUCAAGAGAUUUGUUCAUCGCAUCCUGGCCAGAUUGAUGAUAGUGGCAAGUUAUUAUGGAUAAACUCAGGCUUUGACUAUUGCAAAAAGAACACAUAUUACAGAGAUAAGAACAAAUUUCCAUUUUCUGAAAUGGAUAUAAAUGAUUUGUCAAAUUUAUUCAAGUCACCUUUAAAAAUAAGGCACUCCAUAGUUCCUCCAGAUCUCCCUGUUUACAGAACUUUAGAUAACCCAGAAGUUGUCAUGAAAGAACACUCCUCUUUACUGCAGAAACAGGCGCAGGAUCUUCAAGAUUUAGAUUCAGGGAGGAUUAAUCAAGUAUUCAAUAUAAACCCUCAAGAUGGGUGGCUGAAGAGCCCCAUAUGUACAGGCUAUUUUUAUUGUGCUUACGAUAUUUAUGAUGGAUCUGAAAAAUUUGACAGUAAGGGAAAAGUCUAUGAAUUUGACGAUACAGAGGUCAAGUUUUAUGACUACAUAGGAAAAAUUUGGACAACUGGAAAAGAAAAGAAGAGAAUGGAAUUGCAUACCACAUCCAAAAAUCAGAAAUACAAAGGAAAAGGUUAA